AUGUAUCAAGCUAUCGAGACUGAAGACUUCAUCGGGAGCUAUCCUGCCACCGCUAAGUCGUCGCUCGAGAGUGGAAUAUGUAUGCUAGAAGAGCUGAUCAUGCAAGUUCAGAAGUCCAACAUCGCGCAAACCCGGAAGAAGAGAUUCAUCCCAGAGUCCAAGGGCUAUAUCGACAUCAUCAAGCGCGGAGAAGACGUUGUGCCCAUCACCGCUACCGAGUACGAACAGCGCAUCCAGCAGUCCACACCGACUUGGCAACACAACCUCAUCGUUUGCACCUCUACAGAAGCACGCGACUUACUCCAGCGCUCCACCCUCCAAAUCCCCCUCCUCGUCCCCUUGGAACUAACCAAUAGCCCGGAACCACACACCCUCUACUCUGCCCAACACUACGAAGCCGUCCUCAAAUUCCGCAAAGAUGCCUCAGCUGAAGCUUACAUGGACAUCCAAGACCUCACCUCCAAAAACAUAACCCGCCGGCUCACCAUCUCCACCGCCCUAAAACGCAUGUCCGACCCCACCGCUCUCCCGAUAAACCUGCUCGACAUCCGGCCCCUCGACAAUCUCACCGACUACAGCAUCCUAUCCGAAGCGACGGAAUACGGUGGCAUGUCCAACCACUCCGACCCGAACCCCAGUGAUCUCUCUAGUAAAACUGGUUUCGCUCUCUGGGGCAAACGAGGCGUCUGGUCUUUCCCUCACGUUGACGAGCACGGCCUGUACAUCGGUGUGUUGUGUGAGACUGGCUCGAAACUCUGGUUCACAUGGUCGCUUACACCCUCUGAACGCGAGGAAUGGGCUGUAUCGCGACAAGCAGGCAUCCAGUACGCGCCAAACAAACCCGGCUUCCCUAUUUACCUCAAGAAAGGGGAUUUACUACUUAUGCCACCAGGGACGGUGCACGCACCGCUGAGUCUGGAGGAUCAAGACGAUGGUGGAGACGGCGACGAGUGCGUUGCUGGAUUUGACGUUUCCGAUGUGUACGAAUGA